CUCAGACACAAUAACACCCCUGGUUCCCCAUCCUCGUAGGAGCUGGUGUGAGGGCUGCCUGCUGCCGCCCCUCCAUUAGCCACAGCUAUUGGAUUUCCCACCCAGAAUCUUUAGUAAAUGAGAUCAUGAUUCUGGAAGGAAGUGGUGUAAUGAAUCUCAACCCCAGCAACAACCUCCUCCACCAGCAGCCAGCCUGGACAGACAGCUACCCCAUGUGCAAUGUUUCCAGUGGGUUUUUUGGAGGCCAGUGGCAUGAAAUCCAUCCUCAGUAUUGGACCAAGUACCAGGUGUGGGAGUGGCUCCAGCACCUCCUGGACACCAACCAGCUGGACGCCAGCUGCAUCCCUUUCCAGGAGUUUGAUGUCAACGGCGAGCACCUGUGCAACAUGACUUUGCAGGAGUUCAUCCGGGCGGCGGGGACAGCGGGGCAGCUCCUUUACAGCAACUUGCAGCAUCUCAAGUGGAACGUCCCAUGCAGUAGUGACCUGUUCCAGUCCACACCCAAUGUCAUUGUCAAGACCGAACAAACGGACCCUUCCAUCAUGAACACUUGGAAAGAAGAAAACUAUUUAUAUGACACCAACUAUGGUAGCACAGUAGAUUUAUUGGACAGCAAAACUUUCUGCCGGACCCAGAUCUCCAUGACAACCACCAAUCACCUUCCUGUAGCAGAAUCACCUGACACGAAGAAGGAGCAAGACCACCCUGCCAAGCCCCACACCAAAAAGCACAAUCCACGAGGGACCCACUUAUGGGAAUUCAUCCGCGACAUCCUCCUGAACCCAGAUAGGAAUCCAGGGUUAAUCAAGUGGGAAGACAGGUCGGAGGGCAUCUUCAGGUUCUUGAAAUCGGAGGCUGUGGCUCAGCUCUGGGGUAAAAAGAAAAACAAUAGUAGCAUGACCUACGAAAAGCUCAGCCGAGCCAUGAGAUACUACUACAAAAGAGAAAUUCUGGAACGUGUGGAUGGGCGAAGACUGGUAUAUAAAUUUGGGAAGAAUGCACGCGGAUGGAGAGAAAAUGAGAACUGACACUGGGAACACAAACCAAAACAUUCCCCAUAUCCUAACAAGCCAAGCUCCUGGACGUAAAUGUUUCAAAGACUACUUUUCUCUGAUAUUUAUGUACCAGGAGGGGGAGAAAAAAAAAUCUACUUCUAACGGGAGAAGGAACACUACAGUUGAUAAAAUUAUUUUGUUACUUUGAAGUAUAUCCUAUGUGGGGAACAAACGUACACAGUUUUCUGUGAACUAUGAUGCUGUAUGUGGUUUCAUGUUUUUGCCUCUAUUGUGAAGUUGUUUCCAUUGCAAGAAGAAUGGGGAUCGCGGCCUGUGCUUCUUGCUAAGAGAAAAGGAAAAGAAGUCAGAGGGCAUUAAAUAUUUUUAUAUGCAAAUGAUUUAGGAAAAGAUAACGUGUCCUUCGCUCGCACAUAAGCAUCCAUGUGGCCUCACCGAGAGAGGUGGGCAUGGUUGCUAGGAUGAACCCCAGGGUCUCACAUGGACGAGAUGAACCAGAGGAUGCUGGGAAGUUUAACCUGCCCCUUAGGAGCCACUGAGUGGAGAAUGAAGACUACCAAAAUCCAGGUGGACUGUAAUCACUGCAUAAUCACAUGACUUGCAAUGUUUAAAUCAGCGAGAAGAAUAAUGGUGGGGGCUUUUUACUCAUUCAGGAGUGAUUUCCCUGAUGCCAAGGCCCUCUUCCUUCCUCCCUCUUGGAUGAUUGGUGAACAACUUCAAUGACCACUUCUGCUAACUUCUAGUUAUUUAAGAAAGGGGCCAGUCUUGAUUAUCUUUAUCCCAAUUCCUUAAAAAUAAAUGGGAAAAAAGAGGUGGUGAUGAGUUUGCUCUUGUAUUCCUAUUGUCUAUGGUUUCUCAGUUGGCACAAUUGGCGUUUUUGGUUGAAUAAUUCUUUGUUGUGCAUUCUUUGGCUGUCCUGUGCAUUGCUGGAUGUUUAGCAGUAUCUAUGACCUCUAUCCACUAGAAGUAUAGAAGUGGUGAUAACCAAAAAUGCCUUCGGGCAUUUCCAAACGUGCCUUGUGGGGCAGGGGGUGAGGGGACAAAACUGACUUUGAUUGAGAAUCACUGAUUUAGUCAGUCACGAUGGAGAUGGUGAUUUAUUCUCAGAACAACAAGAUAUAUAAGAUCCUUUAGUUCCUAGGAAGGAGCAAAAGCAAGACUUCAAAGUCAGCCUAUUUUUAACUUUUAAAGUAUUAGGGACCAUGGAUUUAAAUAUCUAGAGGGACUUCUUUUCAGAACCCCAGAUGAGAGCCCAAGUCAGGUACAUUGAAUAAGGUAAUGUAGCAAGAACUGAAAGAAGACAUUUUCACUGGAAUUAUAAAACAGAGUAAAAAUUAUAUUGUAGAAGAAAAUGCUGAGAGAAAAAAGUGAGAGAGAGAGAGAGAGAUGAGAGAGAUGAGAGAGAGAGAAGAAAGUUAGUUCCAGGGAAAAUAUUCUUUGCAGAUGUUAAUUCUUAUAGUCUUUCCUCUUUUGGAUCAUCUUUUUUCUAUCUUGUAUGAAUCCAUCCCAAAGUGAAUGGUAUGUAGUUUAGAUGUGCAACUAGAGGAGUGUUAUUUAAAAAAGACCUAGAAAAGAAAGGAAGGAUGUAAGAGAAAAAACAGCAAACAGCUAAGAGCUAUGGUAAGUAAGGAAUUGGAGACUUCUUCAAUGAUGGGAUUGUUUGGGGUACCUGGAGAUUUAGCACUGGGUCCUGUAAUCUGGGAGGACUGUGAGCCUGCAGGCAUGUCGCAAAUGGAUUUGAACAUCCACAUCCUUUUUGCAACUUUUCUUUUUGGCUCCCUGUGUCCUUGGCUUUCUCCUCCCUACUGCCUCUCUUAAGCAAUAGCAUGGGGCUGAAGAUAUGUACCAAUAAGAGGGAGUGGACUUCAUCAACUAAUGUGUCCCCUGCCACUGUGUCUUACCCAGCAGAGGCGAACAAUUCUUAGUCAAAGUUAUAAAGUGUUUGUCGUGUAUUCAGAAGGCUAGAAGUAAGAAUUAACACUGUGUCCUAAUUAUAAUGACGACCAUUAUGAAUGGUGACCUUGGCAUACUAGGGUAUUGAGAUGAAUGACCUUCUGAAGGUACAGCCAAGUCCAUUUUUAGUUCUGCCUGGCUUGAUCACCUCCACAAAGGUGUUACUUAGUGUUGUUAAGUAACAGUUACUGAGGAAACAGAGAGAAACAACAGUUGGCAGCCCAGAUCUGAGACGUUCCUGCAUAAACGACACACAUUGCUUUCCAAGCCAGGCUAAGAACUAUGAGGCCUCCCCGACAUUUAACAGUACUUCACAGAAUGGAUUAAAUAUCUAGAUAUUUUAAUUGGUGUAAAUGCCUGAAUGUGUACGUCUGAAUCGUGUGAAGAUCGUAGGGGUAGCUGCUAAUCCUCCCUUUGCUAUCCCUUCCUUGGCUUUGCCUGUUCUUCAGCUAAGAUGGCUAGCCUUCUCUCUGAGUUUACACUUCCCUAAACCUCUAAGUUUCUCACAUUCCUCCAAGUUCGUCCUUUCAGCAUUCUCCCCAUAAAAGGGCAACCGUUGCUAGGUAGCAGAUGAGUCUGGGGAGCACCAACCGAAACAGUUCUAAUGAUAAUUAGCAGCCUGUGUUAUUUCUCAAAAGUGAUGAUUUCUUGGCAC